UGGCUUUAUAAAUUGCCAGCUUUCUCUACCAAACUUGGUGCAUCAUCACCAAUUCACCAUCACUCACAGCUCCAGCUUGUUCUUGUUACAAACAUUCUGUCAGUUGAGGUCCUUGAGGAGAGGAACUAGCUAGAUCCAUCAUCAUCAUCCUUCAAUGGCGCGUUGGGUCAAACCAGAGGUGUAUCCACUAAUGGCGGCCAUGACAUUCGUCGCCAGUAUGUGUGUCUUUCAGCUCACAAGGAACGUAUUCAUGAACCCCGACGUCAGGGUGAAUAAGGAGCAUCGACAAAAGGCAGUUUUGGAGAACGCUGAGGAAGGAGAGAAAUAUGCGGAGCACGGACUCCGCAAGUUCCUCCGUACGCGUCCCCCUGAGGUCAUGCCCGCCAUAAAUAGUUUCUUCUCUUCUACAGAUUCUAAAUAGACUAAAACACAAUCACAGUUUGAGAGUUCAUAUCAAUCAAUUUGUAUUUUUACUUUUUAGUGACUAAAGUAAUGGCCCUGUAUUAUUAUUAUUGUUUUUCUAACUCUCAAAGAUAAUGGAGUAAUUUGGUUCCAUAUUUCAGUUUUUAAACGUAUGCCAUGAUCCUUGUUCAUCUCUCUGCAAAUAACUCUUCCCUAAAGAAAGAAAUAAGAAAUUGCACCGGCGUCACUUGGCAAAACUGACACGGUGAUGAUCCAAGAACCCAUACAGCUCUGAAUUCGCUGUUUGAGAUCCAGAAGCUCUUCGGAGUUCAGAGCCACACUGCCGCAACCAAAGACCGGUCUUGUAGAUAAGAGAGCAUUGGUGUCUUGGUGAAGGCAAAACUCAUUUGACAAAGAUUUAAAUCUGUUUCCAGCAAGUCGUAGUAAAAGCUCUUCAUCCAUCCUAAAAUCGGUUGCUCUAUAUUCAGAAUUUAGUAUCUACCCUGUUUGCUGUUUCAAGGGACAAUUCGGCUAUUUUAUGUUUACCUACCAUUCCAAGAAUUUAGAAAAGGGCUUAUAUA